AUGACUUCUUCACUAUUUCUCCUUUACAGAGGAAUCCACUUCGACUUCGCACUUCCGGUCAGUUCUCUAAAAGAUCCAAAAACUAUUCCAUUAUGGAAUAAACUUACCUCUAGAAUAAAUAUUCUGAACUAUUUUAUUUAUUAUUUUCUAACAUUAUGCAGUGAAUAAACCUAUUAUUAUUAUUAAACGUUCGAUUUCGAAAUUUCAAUCAAAGGUCGGUUUCAAUAAAAGUUUGAAAAAAUGUUUGGUUGAACGUUCGUCCAAAUGUUUGGUUUUGAGAACUCUAAUCCCUAGCUAUAUAUAGCUAGCUAGCUAGAUUCGCCCAGAAACGUCCGGAGCACGUCCGUUUCGCGGUAAAAAUGUCCGAGUUUAGUGAAUUUAUUUUUAUUGAUUCAACGCAUGAACAACUAGAUCAAUCUGGGAUAUUUCAUAGGAUUCUAACACAGAAAUUUAUCGGAAUAUUCCGUUGUUCAAAGCUUCCGCCUCAUGUUUUUUUUUCUUACUUUUCGUGCAUAUUCACUGUGAUUUGAUAAGUUUUCAGACAUUGGCCGUAUGUAAUAAACCGAGACCGGUAACUGAAGCCGCAGUCAGUUCUACUGUCGGAAAUCCGAUUACACAGUCCGCCACACUCAUCAGUCCCAUCGAGGUCCCAUUGAACCCUCCUUCUUUGGUUUGCCAGGAGAACAAUGACAAUGCUGCGAAAAAGUCUUCUAAUAAUGGUAUUUUUUCUGGAUUACCGUAACUGAGAUCUUCUUCAGGCGUGUUUCUAUAUGUUGCUUGCGUCGUAAUCGCAUUCCUCACCAUCAUCUGCAUCUGCUUGAUCAUCCUCAGCGCCAAAUUGUACAAGAAACGGCCUAAGAGAGGGACUCGUCUCGCUUCUUUUGGUGAUACCCAUUUGGAAACGAAAUUGCGAAAGAAACACUAACCUUCUUCCAACAAUUUCCUAAGCUGAAUAUUAGGAAACUGGAAAUUCUUUUGUUUUGUGAUAUUUCAGUCAAUAAGAGUUGAAUGUUAUUUCUAUAAAUCUCAUGAAUAUCUUCUUUUUUUCCGAUAAAAAAAUUUCAUUAACGGAUAUUAAUCUUUUUCGUACGCUCAUGCUGGUACGUGGCAUUAUGGUGAUGGUACUAAUUGAAUUGGAGAAUUUUUCAACGUCUUCCGCUUUUUACAUAACGUACUUUACCAAAAAAAAAAUUAACCAUUCAGAUUUUCAGAAGUUCCUGCCUAUCCCAAAAACACUGAAGAGACGGCACCAAAUGACACAAAAAAAUAUCCCAAUUCUGUCGAGAAAAUGUCGGAGAAGGCACCCGAAGAAGAGAGGAAGUCUGGCGGAGCAUGA